CUCCAUGUAUGAGAACCCUUCAUAUCUGAGAGAGGAAGAUGCGUGCUUUUUGCACCCGUUUUACCAAUAUUUUAAAUGACUAAUGUAUUCGUAUUUUGAAUUCAGACAGAAAAGUGUGUUCAGAAAUAAAAACACAAAACUUUUUUGAAGAGACAAACCUAGAGCUCUCAUCAUACGAUGAAGAUGGACUAAUGGUAUAACAGAUCAAAAACCUGCUGUACAGAUUAAUUGCAAUAAAAUAUUUCUUUUUUUAAAGUACAAAAUUUAAAACUUUAAUCACUAAAAAAUACAGAAUUGAAAGUGUCCGCGACCGUUCUGCUAAAGUAAAGUUUCCAGGUAACACAUAGCAGCUACUCAGGUCUGACCAGGUAUGCUACCUAUGAGUCACGUGCAGGAAUGAUCCCAGAAAACAGAUGACAACAAUCGAGUUUUCAUGAAAGGUGCCCAGAAAUGGCUCUGCGUUUACUUGUAAUGUGCCAGCUAAUUGCAUGUGGAUUUUCUAGAUGUACAGGAAAAUUAUUGAAGUUGGAAAGUAAUAAACACAUUUCAGAUAAUGUUUUCAUGAAUGAAGAUGAAGCAAGCAAAUUCUUAGGACGCCAUCUGUUACUCAACCAUUUUGACUUGGAGUUAAUUACUCCUGGGGAUUUGGAAAGGGAGUGUUAUGAAGAGGUGUGCAACUACGAGGAGGCAAGAGAAGUGUUUGAAAAUGUUGAUAAAACAAGCGCUUUUUGGCUGCAGUACACCGCAGACGGAUUUGCCAAACCAGAUGAUCAGCAGCCUCGCAGGAUAGAUGUGACGGCUCUCCUCACUGGCCUCGUUGCUGCUGGAGUGUGCUUAGUUUUCAUUGGGAUACUAAGCUGGUAUUGUUGUCAAAAAGUAUGCAAAGGUCACAGACAAUCAGGUUCUUCAGUAGGUCGUAUGAGGCGAAGCAAUGCAUGCCUUAUUGUCAGAAGAUUGGAAGAAGUGUCUCUCACCCCUGUACACCCAGCAACAGAUGGACCAGGACUUCCUUCAUAUGCGCAGGCAAUUGCAAAAUCUGGACAAUAUGAUGCACCCCCACCACCUUAUCCAGGAUCUCCAACAGGAACAAUGCAAAGAUAGCAAGAAAAGAAGAACUCUUUGGUUGGGUGUUUCGUAUCAUUUUUAAAUAAUUGUUUUAGGUUUUAAUACAGUUUGUAUGUACGUUUUCUGCACAUCAGAAUUGUAUUUAAAACACAUGGGAGGAAAUUUACUCAAGUGUCAUUUUAAAACAUCCAAUAAUGUUACAGAACAAGAAAUAUAAAAAAUUAAAAUGCCAAAGAGCCCUUAAACAAAUCUCUGUAAUUGUUUAUUCCAAGUUUACUAAAUUCAAAGGGUGUCAUUGAAACUGGAGUAAAUUGUGAAUUUCAACCUUCCAGUCCCAGAACCCUAGAUACUAUGCAUUGUUGCAAAUUUCCUUUGAAAUAUUUUUGCAUUUGAUUUGCCCCCAACACCCCAACACUCACACUCACACACUCACACGUCAGCUGGUGUAUUGGUCCCACAGCAACUGUUUUGCAGAGAACAGUUUAUUGCUACAGUUUUCUUUCAGAAUUAGGUCCAUCUCAAUCACCUGCAGUGAAAUCCCCUUGUUGGUAAUAAUCUAUACAGAAAAAAAUAUCAAAACAACUGCUAAACAACAACAAAAAAGUACACCAAUAACUUGUAGUGUGAAGUUAGCAGUUAUUACAGAGAAUGUUAUAAAAGUCAUUUUGAAAUCUGUUUUUUUCACUUAGAUCUUUUUUAUAUAUUUUUUUAUUAUUUGCAAUAAAACAGCAUUGACAUUUUGACCCCCUAAUAAAGUAUUACUAUAAACACUAAUAUUAAACUUGUAUUGAAAAUGGAUAAUUAUGUUGAAGCCAGAUCAAUAUCAGUUUUCAUCUGGUAAUGACACUUUCAGUCCUUUGCUACACACAGGGUGCACUGCAGGGGUCAGCAGAGACACAGAACGCAUUAACGUACCUUGUGUAACUUUUAAAGUUAAAUGUUGAAUGUCUGUUUAGAUAAAGUAUAAUCAUGAUCUUGAGAGGGCUUGACUGUAUUUUUAUUUUUCACCUCCAUGUCAAAGGUCUUACGAAGUUGCAGUUCCUGGUACAGUUUUCAAAAUACUUUUUAUAAGCAGGAGAGAUUUCUUUAAACAGCGUUGUAGACCUGUCAUUGAGCGUUGGGACUGGGUUUCAAAUUCACCUUAGAUACUAAUCAAGUUCAUACAGUUUUAGGGAAUUUUACAAUUAACAUGCCAGGCAACGUAAAGAAAAUAACAUGCAGAGAUUAAGGUGGAAACCUCCUGUUUUUUUAAUUGAAAUCCUGUCUCAACCUUGGAUUUCAGUUAAGAGGACACAGGGUCUAAAUGCAUCCUUUGGGAAGUUAUUUCUUUAUGGGAAAAAUUAACAAGACCAUUUAUAAUAACAAUCACAUGCUGUAGUUUUUGAAGGAUUGUACAUUUACCUUAAUUAAGCCAUGGUCUUUGGAACAGGCCUGUCUUUUAAUGAGCUGUUGUUUGGCUUAUUUAGUUCUAUAAAUGCGAUAUUUUAAUGAGUAAAGUCAAUAGCAGAUCAUUAGAAUAAUAAAAUAAAUAAAGUGAUAAUAACAUUUGAACUUCAGUUCAGAGCCUCUAUGGACUGAACUGCAUCUGGUAUAAGUAACUUAUAUUUAUGUAAAAUAAUUGUUUUGAAUUAGUAAUAAUGCGUAUGUAUAUUUUAAUGAGAAGCAAAUAAAAAUAAAACAGCCACAUGAGUUGCGAUACUCCUAUAAAUAGCAGACAUGUUCAUGAACAAUUUAUGUGACACAGAUUUAAAAAAAAUAUAUGUUGAGAUGAAUUCAUGAUCUGUUUAGGAAAGACUGCAUUUAUGUCUAUUAGUUACCUGGCUUUCAGCGUGAUCGUUUAAUAUUGUUAAGAGGAAGCAAUCCACGCUGUAGGACUUUUUACAAUAUGGUAAUUAGCUAAUUUUAGUGUAGGCAUCAAUGGGAUAUGAAGGAUAGGGGAUUUCUAAACCCAGCACAGAAAUUAG